UACUCCUAUGUGAAUUUCAUAUUUUGAGUAUUUAGCUGAAAAUUUCAGUUUUUGUAAACAUAAUGAAUUUGCGUUUCAACUUAAUUUGUGUACUUCAUAUAUUUUCUAUUCAGGAUUUUGGGAUAACUGGAAGUUGAAUAUUUGCAAGGGUUUUUAAUGAUAGUAAAUAAUAUACAAUUAUAUAUAAUCGACAGUUUUGAUCAAUGUUAUAUAUAAACGAUGCAUUGUUUAAUGUACGGUUGUUAAUAGCUUCUGUAUUGGAAUACAUUAUUGUAAAAAGGUAAAUAAACAAAGAUCGGUUUAAUUUAAAUAUAGCAGUGUUCAUUGAAUAAUAUAUUACAGGUAGUUGUUUUUAAAAAAAACUACUAUGAAAGAAGAAUAAGUGGCGCUUAGGAUCAAACAUCGCACAAGUGACUGUAACUUCAGGCAUAACGGUUUGUUAGAUUUAACAAGUAGAACUAUGGAAACAUUACGUGGUUUUCUACAAGACAACGGGAAGUGUUUUCUCACAGUAGCAGUGGUUUUGGGAUCAGCCUGGUUCCUAUACAAGAAAAAGACGAGACCAUCUUACAAGCCAAGAGUAUGUGGCGUGGACUACCCACGUGACGUGGUCAUCCUUCAUGCGCUACGGCGGGACCGACUCGCCCCGAACCUUGGCCAUUUCUGUAUAAAACUAGAGACCUAUCUCCGGAUCAACAAAAUACCGUACCAGUUUGACGGUACUUCAAUGCCUCGACCAAAAGAGAAAGUCCCCUGGAUUGAAUACAACGGCGUGACGAUGGGAGACUCCCAACUGAUCAUACAAUACCUGGAGCAAGAGUUUAAGGUAAACCUAAAUGCCCAUCUUACCUCGAAAGAGCGAGCAAUAGCCUGGGCUAUACAGAAGUGGAUCGAAGAGUUCACGUAUUGGUUGAAUGUUUACACAAGAUGGGUGAUUUUCAAUGAUGACAUGUUCAAAAUCCAGUCAACCUGCCCCAAGUACAUGAAGAUACCAAUGCGUAGGAAGGUUCAAAGCAUGCUGCAUGCGGUCGGCGUUGGUCGUCAUAGCAAGGAAGAAGUUCACGCGAUGAUGGUGAACGAUUUAAAACAGUUUUCAGCAAUUUUAGGCGAUUUGAAGUACGUUAUGGGAGACCGGAUAUGCGAUGUAGAUUGUGCCGCGUUCGGCAUUCUGUCCCAAGUCUACUGGUGUACACCGUCCGCCUGUCCAGGAAACGCCCUGCUGCAAGGAGGUGAAUUAAGAAAUGUCACAGACUACAUGGACAUAAUACGAAACGAGAUUUGGCCGGAUUGGGGAGACAUGAUAAGCAAGGCUACCUAGAAAACAAUGAUCAUGUGGAUUAAUAUUGGUAUUGAGACAACGCAUAUCACCGUUAUUAAAAUAUUGCCAUAUGUAUGUGUAUUAGUUCUUUAAAUGUGUAUAGUAGUUUAAUGUUUGCAAAUAAAUUAUACUCCAAGUUCAAUAAAGGUUACAUUUGUAAAGUCAAUGAAUUUAAUGCCUUGAAAUACGAAGGCAAGUAACUAAUACAUUUCCGGAUUCUGAGCUCGCUCGCAAGAGCUUAUAUUUUAGUAAAUUUACCAUCCAUAAAGUUGUG